CGGAGCGGAAGGGCCCCGGGGAGGGGCGGCCAUGGAGGCUCUGGGGCGGCUGAAGCGGUUCGAUGCUUAUCCGAAGACCCUGGAGGACUUCCGGGUCAAGACCUGCGGGGGGGCCACGGUGACCAUCAUCAGCGGCCUCCUCAUGCUGCUGCUCUUCUUCUCCGAGCUGCAGUACUACCUCACCACCGAGGUGCACCCAGAGCUGUACGUGGACAAGUCCCGGGGAGAUAAGCUGAAGAUCAAUAUCGACGUGGUCUUUCCGCAUAUGCCCUGCGCCUACCUGAGCAUCGACGCCAUGGACGUAGCCGGGGAACAGCAGCUGGACGUAGAGCACAAUCUGUUCAAGCGGCGGCUGGACAAGGACGGCCGCCCCGUGACCACCGAGGCCGAGCGCCACGAGCUGGGCAAAGAAGAAGAGCAGAUAUUCGAGCCCAACUCCCUGGACCCCGACCGCUGCGAGAGCUGCUACGGGGCCGAGUCGGAGGACAUCAGGUGCUGCAACACGUGCGAGGACGUGCGGGAGGCCUACCGGCGCCGCGGCUGGGCCUUCAAGAACCCGGAUACCAUCGAGCAGUGCAAGCGCGAGGGCUUCAGCCAGAAGAUGCAGGAGCAGAAGAACGAGGGCUGCCAGGUGUACGGCUUUCUGGAGGUCAACAAGGUGGCUGGAAACUUCCACUUCGCACCCGGGAAGAGCUUCCAGCAAUCCCACGUCCACGUCCACGCCGUGGAGAUCCACGACCUGCAGAGCUUUGGACUCGACAACAUCAACAUGACGCACUACAUCGAGCACCUCUCGUUUGGCGAGGACUACCCUGGGAUCGUGAACCCCCUGGACGGCACGGACGUCUCCGCCCCCCAAGCGUCCAUGAUGUUCCAGUACUUCGUGAAGGUCGUGCCCACGGUGUACGUGAAAGCGGACGGGGAGGUCGUGCGGACGAACCAGUUCUCGGUGACGCGGCACGAGAAAGUGGCCAACGGGCUGAUCGGGGACCAGGGGCUGCCCGGAGUCUUCGUGCUGUACGAGCUGUCGCCCAUGAUGGUCAAGCUGACGGAGAAGCACAGAUCCUUCACCCAUUUCCUCACCGGCGUCUGCGCCAUCAUCGGGGGCGUGUUCACAGUGGCCGGCCUCGUGGACUCGCUCAUCUACCACUCGGCCCGAGCCAUCCAGAAGAAGAUCGAGCUGGGAAAGGCGUCGUAGCUUGGGACCCGCCCCGGUCACCCCCGGGGCCCGGAGGGACCGUGUCCGGCCUCGGGGGCGCCGGCCGGCGUUCGGACGGGCCCAC